AUGGCGGGUCAGUGGAGUUUGCUCACUUGUUUUUGUUGUCAGUGGAUGCCUGAGGUCUAUGUAGAGGAUACUAGGACAAUGGAGCCGAUUGUAAAUCUUGAAGGAAUGAAAGAAACUCGGAAAAAAUUAAUUUGUUAUUUAUGCAAGGUGAAGUGGGGUGCUUGUGUUCGGUGCUGUGACGGUAUGUUUUGUUGCUUAUUUUACACCACUCUGCACUUUUGUUGGAUGGUACACCAGGACAGCAUUUUAGUAAUUGAAGUCAAUUGUUACUUAACAUUAUGCUGUUUCUAAAGUAUAGUGUUGUACCUUGACGUCUUUGAUUUUAUGUUUGACUUCUGUAUAUUCCCUGCGGAGCCGGUGGACUAGGUCGCUCCUUAUCCGUUGAACUCUAUUUUAAUCUUACAACAAAUGUAAAUGGAAUGAAUGCAUAAAAUUUCUGUUUGUUC